GGGAGAGAGAGCGAACUCAUCCGAGCAGCUGGAUGAGGAGGUGGGUGUGGCCGCCAUUGAUUCGUAACGAGGAGGAGUGAGGAGAGGAGCAGAGCCAGAAGGAGCGGAGGAGGAGAAUGGAAGGAAGAGGGAGCGGGAUGGGGAUGCUGGUGUUGGUGCUGGUGCUGGUGCAAGCGGUGGGAUUUGCGAGCUGCCAGUCGACUUCGUUUUGCGCCAACACGCUGUCACGAUGGACGUGCCCCAAAGAUCUGCCGACCUUCGACAAAGUGGACCUGCAGAAGUACGCAGGGCGCUGGUACGAGAUCGGCAGCAACGCCUUCUUUAAAAACCUGCAGGAGGCCGGCGGGACGUGCGUGAGCGCAGUGUACACUCUCAAGAGCGACGAGGGCUACGUCGAGGUCUUCAACAGCCAGACUCGAGUCAUCGGCGACUUGGGCGUGUCUCUGGUGCGAGCCAUCUCCGCGCAGGCCUCGCAAAUCUGUCAAGGAGCUCGGCAGAUCUGCUCGCAGAUCUUCGUGGGCUCUGUCUCGCAAGGUCUCUCCAUCGUCCAGGAAGUGGCCACCAACACGAGCCAGAGCAAUCCGGCCGACUCUUCUGCUCUGCUCGAGGCCAAAGCUAUGAUCGAGUCUGCAUUGGGGGGAAUCGAUGCCGGAUUGGAUUCGCUGGCCAAAAAUGUGAGCCAAAUGCAGAUUUUGAAUUCUCAGCUCAGUCAAGCUGACGGCAAAGCUGCCGAUAGAGUAGCUCAGCUCUCGGACCUGGCAGCUCAGAUUAAUGCAGGUGUUGUGGACGCAAUCAUCCCCGAGAAGCUGGCAGCCAUCGCAGCAGCCAGGCAGAACAUUACCGCCAUUGCUGGCAAAUUGUACAAUGCUCCAGGCACUAAGCAGCUGGCGCAGCUGCUGUUCCGAGCGGUGACUCUGAUCCAGGACCUGGAGGAGAGUGUCCCAGGCCAGGCAGCCACGAUCAAAGCCACCGUGAAUGGGGCAGUGGAUGCAGCUGCCUCCUUCGCUUACGAGAAGUCGGAAAAUGUCGGCGGCUUCGUCACCAUCCUGGGCAAGGCGUUCCAAAAUUCCACCGAUGCGGGCAAGCUCUCGGUGGUUUUCGACUCCAUUGCUCCGGCGCAGUACUGGAUCCUCAAGGUUGAGGAUGAGAACAGCGACGAUUAUGGUGCCGCCAUAGUCUAUGGCUGCUCGGAUCUUCCAACCGGUGGAACUUAUCAGCCUUUCUUCAUUCUAUCCAGAAAGCCCACCCUGGGAGAAGAUGUGGGGAUUCCUUUCCUGCAGUACGCCGAGUCUCUGGGCAUCUAUCAGGAUUGUCAUGAAGUGUUCGCCUUCAGUGAGCAACCUGCAACCUGUCAGUAUCCGAGUCCCCCGACUCAGUAGGAACGCACCGACCGAUCGCCAAUUUUGUUCCCCUUCUCUUCAAUAAAAAGGUUCAACGCUUUCUCGACAUUCUCAGAUACCCUGCCUUCCUCUACAUCAUCCCAGAGAGUGCUCUUCCGUGCACGUACCUGCCAUGUGGCUGCUGCUGCUGCAAUUUUGGCCCCGAGCACCGGCACAUCAUAAAUGUAUACUGUGAGUCUUUCCCGAAAGCAGUUCAGAUCAGAUUCAGUUUGCCCGAGGUUUUAAAGAUAAAGACUUUCUAUUUGCGGGGAUAAGGAAAGCUGAAUUUAUAUGUACAGAAGGACUAGGAAUGAAAGAUGCUGCUGAACUGAAGACAACACAAUGAGCGAAAGAACGAUCGACAAUUCCGUGAGUGCCCUGUACAGUGCGCCGAUAGCAACGUAGAAAACUGUCUCCGGAGCAAAGUUUUACACAUCUGUGCACUGUUGUGACAUCGGUGUCGUAUUCCGGAGAUGUGAUUGGCAUUGUGCAGUAAAGCGAGUUGAAUUCUUUGA